UAAUAAUAUUUCUAUUUUAAAAAAUACUAUACGAGUAUCAUUUAGAAGGAGACAUUAUAAAAAGGAAAAAGUGUGGGACGUAAGGAAUAUGUUACUCCUAUAGCCAGUCCUAUAGUGAAACACUUCCAAUUAAGCAGGUGAGCUUUGACUUGUAGGCUUCUAAGAAUUUGGGCUGAUUAAUAAAACUAUAAAAGCCCAAUCAUAUAACCCCAAUAAUAGAGUAUAGAUUUAUGAAAUAAAAAGUGAAUAAUAGAGAUAGAGCUUCAUUUUGAUAGGCCGACCACAAAUAGCCUUACCCAAUCCCCACACCUCCCCUCUCCACAGCGGCGCGUGAUGUCCACUCUCUACGCCACCGCCCACUACUGGCUGGUCGACCACCCCACCAUCAGCCAAUAUGAAUGGAUCCCCAUCCAAUCCCCUGGCUCCACUCCUCUCUUCCUCUUCGCCACCGUGGCCACCUACCUCACCCUCACCCUCCUCCUCUCCCUCCACCCCCUCCCCCCACCCCCCUUCCUCCGCCUCAUCACCGCCUUCCACAGCCUUCUCCUCUGCCUCCUCUCCCUCCUCAUGGCCGUCGCCUGCACCCUCUCCUCCAUCCACCAGUCCCCCACCCCGACCUGGCCCAUCUGCUUCCCAGCCAACCACACCCCGCCACGUGGCCCAACCUUCUUCUGGGCCCACGUCUUCUACUUCUCCAAAAUCGCCGAGCUCUUCGACACGCUCCUCAUCCUCCUCAGCGGCGCCCGCGGGAGGAGGCGCCUGACGCUCCUCCACGUGUACCACCACGCGGCCGUGGUGGUGGUGUGCCGCGCAUGGGUGUCGGAGCGGCAGUCGCUGUUCCCCGUGGCGCUCGUGACCAACGCGGCGGUGCACGUGCUCAUGUACGGGUACUACCUGCUCUGCGCGAUUGGGAUAAGGCCGCGGUGGAAGCGUGUGGUGACGGACCUGCAGAUCCUGCAGUUCGUCUUCAGCUUCGCGGUGUCGGUUUGGAUGCUCCGGAUCCACUUCGGGGCCGGGCCGGGUUGCGAGGGGAUCCGGGUGUGGUGCCUCAAUGCGGUUUUUAAUGCCUCGCUUUUGGCGUUGUUCGCUGACUUUCAUGUCAACAAUUAUGCCAAGAGAAAGAGAUUAGCUGAGGAUGAGGAUAAUAAGAAGAUAUCGUGAAUUACUCUUUUUUGUAUGUGACUCUGCAAAGUUAUUGUGUUUUUUUUAAGACAUUGUAUUUUUAUCAAUUGAAAAAAGCUCGAGAUUAAAUGGCUCGAAUUUUAAGAAAUAGACUAUGAAUGAGAAAAGUUAAUUCGUGUUC